CCUCAAUCUAAGCAGCCUUACUGUACACCAAUACUCACUAGCCUUUCUAUGCCCCAUCCCAGAAAAGGACAAUGACACUUCGCGCGAUCCCAUCAGUACCAUCCAGCGUCACGCUCCUCGUGCUAGGAGCAGGCUGGACAUGGCAAUUCCUCCAACCACUCCUCAUCAAAGAGAAAAUAACCUACGCAGCAACCACAACAACAGGACACGAUGGGACGAUCCCAUUCAAGUUCGACCCGGAGUUCACUGAUAUUGAGGCAUACAAAACGUUACCUAUUGCCAAAUACGUACUCGUCACAUUUCCAUUGAAAGGGAAAGGGCCCUCGGCGCGAUUAAUCGCAUCAUACAUCAACUCACACUCCAAAGAAGCUGGAGCCACGAAAUGGAUUCAACUUGGUUCUACGGGUAUCUUCACUGCCCCUGACUGGAAUGACUCCUCUUCACCAAUUGACGAGUCUAAUGAGCGGGCUAUCGCGGAGAACGAGCUCAUGAGAUUAGGAGGAUGUGUGUUGAAUUUGGCGGGAUUAUAUGGUGCUACGAGACAGCCAGGGAAUUGGAUCGGAAGGGUGGCGAAGACGAAGGAGGCACUCGCUUCCAAGGGUGCACUGCAUCUGAUCCACGGCGCGGAUGUAGCUAGGGGAGUGGUAGGAGUGGUCAAGGGUGACUUAGAGGGCACGAAGACGAGUGGAAGCUUAUUUGGCAGGAGAUGGAUUGUCGCCGACUGCGUUUCGUACGAUUGGUGGUUGCUGGUUUGGGAAUUUAUGGGCGAGACCUUGGAAGAUGGGAAAGAAGAUGGGUCAAAGAUCGAGGAAAGGACGAAGUAUCGGGGGUGGAUCGUUGAGCUGAUGGAGGAGAAUGGCAUACGAGGCUUGCCCAGGCCGAUGGAUACUUUGGGCAGAAAACUCGAUGCUCGAGGUUUCUGGGAGGCUAUCGGCAGUUCACCUACGCAUUCGAUGGCGAGGUGACCGGACCAAGCACGGGGAAGAGACGUCACAACCUCAGAGCGCGGAAAUAGACGGAAGAAAUGCAUUGGAGGUAAUAUUCAUUGAGAGCAUCGUUCGUCUCGAAAUUACAGCUCGGUACAGGGCACAACAUGUUCAUCCAUGACAAUUGUGGCAGCUCCGAAGAUGCUAUGAGGGAGGAUGGUACCUC